GAGUCCAUUAGCUCAUUGUUGAUAAUAAUAAAAAGUUAAUAAUAAAUAAACAAUAAUAAUAAUAAUUAAAUUAGUCCACUUCCUUUGGCUGAGGUGUUGUAUAGCCUGAUGGCAGUGGGAACAAAGGAUCUCCUGAACAGUGAGAUGAAACGUUUGAGUUCUUGUCGCUCCAAUCACUGAAGGCCAUCGUCAGAUCCCUGUACUCCUCUUCCUCCCCGUUCCUGAUACGCGCCACAAUAGCUGUGUCAUCCGAGUAUUUCUGGAUGUGGCAGGACUCAGGAACGGAGCAGAACAGUCCCCUGUGGAGCCCCAGUGCUGCUCAUCACUGUCCCUGAGACACAGUUACCCAGCCUGGUUGCAGCCUGCCUCAGUACACAGGGCUUGUAGGAAGGCUGAAGAAAAAACAGAUUAUGAUCUGAUCUGCCAACUUAUUUACAUGAAAAAAAUAGAAAGAAAAUAAAGAAAACACAAAAGAAAACACUAAAGUGUAAUCAAGCAGUUGAAUUGCAUAAGUAUAUUUGAUAUUUCCAGAAGAUCUGUAGUGUCUGAAUAUCUGGUUAAUCUCUUCAGUGUUUGUGUCCACAGCGCAAAGACAGUUUUACAUAAGAAAAAUAGAAAGGGUAAUAGAGUAUGUAUGUGUGUGUGUUUUCAUGUCACCUCAGUUUUUUUUCUCCAGGUCAUUAUACAAACAAAAACAAGUCUUAUUUCAGUUUUUCUUGUAUUUUGUUUGACUGUUCCUGCCAAUCAGUGAUGAGAAAAGGAAAAGUGAGAUAGGUGAAGAAAGGAGGAGGAAAAUGAAAGAAAAUAGGGCCCUUUACUACAAUUUUCAGUCAGUAGCCUAUUAUCCAACAGGUAAACAUCACCUGGUUAAACAGGAGUCAGUGUCAGUGCAGUGUUUUACAGACCUACUCAGUGUAGCAGUUUAUUAGCUCCUCCCAGAGGAACUGGAUAAAUGAAUCAAACUGAACUGUGUUUAUUUAAAAAAAAAAAAAAAAAAAAAGUAACUGACUCUAACUGUGGUCCACAGUCCAGAACAGCAGGCGGCGGUAACGACCUUAACGCUGGUUGUCACCCGCCACUAAAGAAGAAGAAGAAGGAGGAGGAAGCGGAAGUACCUGAACGAGGAGGCGAGUUUAAAAGAGAAACGGAUGAUUUCCAUUAAACGCUGUGAUAACAAAAACGUCUCCAUUAUCCGCAGAGAGAGAGCGAGAGAGAGGGUGGUUUCUGACCGGACAGGUGACACACAGUCAGGAUGAGUUCCUCCUCCUUCCCCUCUCCUCCCCCCUCUCCUCACCCAGCCCCCCUCCCUUUCGCAUCCUCCUCCUCUUCUCUGACUGGCUGUCCUGAACUCGACCUGUCUGUCACAUUCAGCUUCACCCCCAAGACCAGCCAAACACAGCUGAAGCCCUGCCUCCAAGGACAGACCAGAAGAAAGAGGGACACACAGUUGUGUUUUGUAGAACCUGUGGUCGUCAAGGUAACACCGGAGCCUGAUGUCCCAAUGAGCAGAGAUGCCCCACUUCAGCAGCCAAUCAGAGGUCAGAGGAGAAGCAGAGGAUGUCACCAUGUUGGUGGAGCCCCCAGACAGUCAGUGGAGCCCGCUGCUGCAGCAUCCAAUCAAGAUGUGGGCUGUCUAGGCAGGGCGGAGCUAAACACUACUCUCGCUCUGAAGGCAGAGCUUCAGUCGCUGCAGGGUGUGGAGUUUAACCCCGACAGGGCUGUUCAGGAGACUCUGCAGAGGUCAGAGAGGACCAAGAACCUGAUCAACAGCAGAGCUACUGAAGUAGUGAAUGUCUCUCGCUCUCAGCUUCUCUUCACCUCACUGGUCAGUGUUGAAGUGCAGAAGGAUCAGCUGAUCAGCCAAAUAUUACAGGACAGGCGGCCGCUGGCCAUGCGACCCCGCUGCCACGACAGCAAGGCAAUGGAUGGCCCCUCCCCCUUCCUCUUCAUGUCCUCUGACCUGCUGAGACAGAAGCCCCUCCCACCUGAGGAGGUGCUUGUCAACUAUAAGCCCCACCCAUUACCACGGCCCACCCUCUCGUCCUUUGACCUCUACAAACGACAGAUACGGUGGGAGGCCACACCCUAACCCACCCUAAGGAGAGCUGUGAUUGACUGGAGAUACUGACUUCUCAUUGGACAGACUGUGUGAUGACAUUGAUAAUAAUUAUCUAAUCAGUUUUUUAAUUAUUGAAAUCGGUUUUUAUUCUUGUAAAGUUUUGUUUUAAAAAUAAAGUAUUUUCAAACACU